AUGAAAGUCAUUGAUGUCGAUGCUAUUAAAGAUCAAAUAACGAGGCAAGCAAUUGAAGGCACCCAGUGUAGUUUAACAUUAGUACCAAUAAAUAUACCGUAUGGACAUGAUGCUGAAAUAACAUGUGUAGCUAUAUCGAUUGAACUAGAUAUUAUGGUAUCCGGUUCACUCGACGGUACAUGCAACACAUACACAGUCAAAAGUGGUACAAGUCAAAAAGAUGGCAUGAAUGAAGAAACCUCAAAAUUAGAACAGUAUUAUAAUUUUAUGGAAUGUGCCGAAAUAUGUGAAAGAGACUAA